AUGCGAUUUUUGAUCCGGGCUCUGGUGGCCUGCAGCUGGGUGGCGGCGGUGUGCGUCCGCGCCGCCAUGGAUGAGUGCACGGACGAGGAGGGCAGACCGCAGCGCUGCAUGCCCGAGUUCGUGAACGCCGCUUUUAACGUUACGGUGGUGGCGACCAACACCUGCGGCUCUCCACCGGAGGAGUACUGCGUGCAGACCGGCGCCACCGGGGUCACCAAGUCCUGCCACAUCUGCGACGCCCGGGACCCCCGGAACCACCACAGCGCCGUGUACCUGACCGACUACAACAACCAGCAGGACACCACCUGGUGGCAGAGCCAGACCAUGCUGGCGGGGAUCCAGUACCCGAACUCCAUCAACCUCACCCUGCACCUCGGUAAAUCCUUCGACAUCACCUACGUCCGCCUCAAGUUCCACACCAGCCGCCCGGAGAGCUUCGCCAUCUACAAGCGGACCGGCGAGGGCGGCCCCUGGGUGCCCUACCAGUACUACAGCGGCUCCUGCGAGAAGACCUACCAGAAGCCGAGCAGCGGCUUCAUCCGCACCGGCGAGGACGAGCAGCAGGCGCACUGCACCGACGACUUCAGUGACAUCUCGCCGCUCACCGGCGGGAACGUGGCCUUCUCCACGCUGGAGGGCCGGCCCAGCGCCUACAACUUCGACAACAGCCCCGUCCUCCAGGACUGGGUGACGGCCACGGACAUCAGAGUGACCCUGAACAGGCUCAACACGUUCGGAGACGAGGUCUUCAACGACCCCAAGGUCCUCAAGUCCUACUACUACGCCAUCUCUGACUUCGCCGUGGGAGGAAGGUGUAAGUGUAACGGCCACGCCAGUGAGUGUCUGAAGAACAGCCGAGGACGCCUGGUGUGCAACUGCAAACACGACACAGACGGCGACGACUGCAACGUCUGCAAACCGUUCUACAACGACCGGCCGUGGAGGAGAGCGACCGCCGACAACGCCAACGAGUGUCUGCCCUGCGACUGUAACGGGAAGAGCUCCGAGUGUUACUUCGAUGCCGAGCUGUACCGGGCCACGGGUCACGGAGGUCACUGCAGGGGCUGCGCCGACAACACCGACGGGCCUAACUGCGAGCGCUGCCUCGACAACUACUACAGAGAGCAGAGCGGCGGCCGCUGCCUGCCCUGCGGCUGCAGCAUCGUCGGUUCGGAGUCUCCUCAGUGUGACAACAGAGGAGUGUGUGCAUGCAAACCAGGAGUGAGCGGAGAGAAGUGUGACCGCUGCCAGCCGGGAUUCCACAGUCUGACGGAGGCCGGCUGCAGGCCUUGUUCUUGCUCGCCCUCUGGCAGCACUCAGGAGUGUGACGUCAACACGGGACAGUGUCGCUGCAAAGACCACGUGGAGGGCUUCAGCUGCGACAGGUGUAAGCUGGGUUACUUUAACCUGGACCCCAACAACCUUCAGGGCUGCACCCCCUGCUUCUGCUUCCAGCACUCGUCUGUGUGCGACAGCGCCGAAGGCUUCAGCGUGCACACCAUCAGCUCAUCCUUCCAAAGAGGUGACGAGCAUUGGACCGGUCAGCAGCGUGAUGGCUCCAGCGUCUCCGUGCAGUGGUCCAACAGCGGACAUGAAAUCUCCCUCAUCUCAGACGACUACUUCCCCAUGUACUUUGUAGCCCCAGAGAAGUUUCUGGGGAACCAGAUGUUGAGUUACGGACAGAACCUGAGCCUGAAUUUCCGGGUUGACCGGCGGGACACUCGGCUGUCGGCGGAGGACCUGGUCCUGGAGGGAGCUAACCUGAGGGUGGCUGUCCCACUCAUCGCCCAGGGCAACGCCUACCCCAACGAGAACAUGCAGACUUAUGUGUUCAGGCUCCAUGACAGCACUGACUACCCCUGGAGGCCGACCAUCAGCCACUCCAACUUCCAGAAACUUCUCCACAACCUGACCGCCAUCAAGAUCCGCGGCACCUACAGCGAGCGGAGUGCUGGUUACCUUGAUGACUUCUCCCUGGUCUCAGCGAGGCGGGGUCCAGGUAUUCCGGCCCGCUGGGUCGAGCAGUGCACCUGUCCUCAGGGUUACCAAGGUCAGCACUGUGAGCACUGCACUCUGGGAUACCGGCGUGCCCGUCCGGAGCUUGGAGCCUUCAGCCCCUGUGAGGCCUGCAACUGUAACGGACACAGUGACGCCUGUAACCCCGAGACAGGAUCAUGUGACUGUCAGGACAAUACAGCCGGUUUGAGCUGUGAGCGCUGUAAAGACGGUUUCUAUGGCGACGCCACCCGGGGGACGUCAGGUGACUGUCAGCCCUGUCCCUGUCCCGCCGGAGCCACCUGCGCCGUCAUCCUCAAGACCAGAGAGGUGGUCUGCACCAACUGUCCCACAGGAACCACAGGUAAGCGCUGCGAGCUCUGUGAUGACGGGUUCUUCGGCGACCCCCUGGGUCAGAGCGGGGCGGUCCGAGCCUGCCGCGCCUGCAAGUGCAGCGACAACAUCGACCCCAAUGCCGUCGGAAACUGCAACCGCGAGACUGGCGAGUGCCUCAAGUGCAUCUACAACACCAACGGGUUCUUCUGCGACCGCUGCAAGGAAGGCUUCUACGGCAACGCCCUCGCCGCCAACCCGGCCGACAAGUGCAAACCGUGCUCCUGUUCUCCUCUUGGCACCGUCGGGCGACAGACCACCUGUUCUCAGGUCACCGGUCAGUGCCAGUGUCUCCCCAACGUCGCCGAACGCGACUGCAGCGCCUGCCAGCCCGGCUUCUUCAACCUGCGGAGCGGCGCCGGCUGCGAGCGGUGCAACUGCAAUCCAAUUGGCUCUACCAACGGUCAGUGUGACAUCACGUCGGGACAGUGCGAGUGUCAGCCCGGCGUCACCGGGCUGCACUGCGAGCGCUGCGAGGUCAACUUCUUCGGCUUCAGCUCAUCGGGAUGCAAACCCUGCGACUGCGACCCCGAGGGCGCCCAGUCGGGUCAGUGUAAGGAGGAUGGGCGCUGCGAGUGCCGACCCGGCUUCGUCGGAGCGCGCUGCGACAUGUGCGAGGAGAAUUACUUCUACAACCGCUCGGCGCCGGGCUGCCAGCAGUGUCCUUCCUGCUACAGUCUGGUCAGAGACAAGGUGAACCAGCAGAGGCAGAAGCUUCACGACCUGCAGACUCUGAUCGAUAACCUGGGCUCGGGUCAGGACACCGUCACCGACAAGGCCUUCGAGGACCGGCUGAAGGAGGCAGAGCGAGCCAUCAUGGACCUGCUGGAGGAGGCUCAGGCCAGCAAAGAUGUCGACAGAGGUCUGCUGGAUCGUCUGAACGCCAUCAACAGCACUCUGACCACCCAGUGGAACCGCCUGCAGAACAUCCGCAGCACGGUGGACGACACUGGCACUCAGGCCGACCGCGCACGCCACCGAGUCCAGGACGCCGAGAACCUGAUCGACCGAGCCCGGCAGGAGCUGGACAAGGCCAAGGACGCCAUCAGUAAAGUGGACAUCAAAGCCCCCAGCGGCACCGGAGAUCCAAACAACAUGACGCUGCUGGCUGAGGAGGCCCGAACGCUGGCCGACAAGCACAAGAUGGACGCCGACCAGAUCGAGAGGAUUGCCAAAGACGCCAACGACACGUCGACCAAAGCGUACAACCUGCUGCUGAAGACUCUGGCCGGGGAGGGCAAGACGAGUCAGGAGAUCGACGAGCUCAACAAGAAGUACAACGAGGCGAAGGAGCUGGCGAAGAAUCUGGAGAAGCAGGCCAACAAGAUCCAGGCCGAGGCCGAAGACGCCGGAGAGAAGGCUCUGAAGAUCUUCGCCAACCUGACCAGCCUCCCGCCGUUCGACACCAAGGCUCUGGAGAAUGAAGCCAGUAAGAUCAAGAAGGAGGCGUCGGACCUCGACAAGCUGAUCGACAAGACGGAGAAGGAGUACAACGACCUGAGAGACGACCUGAAGGGCAAAGAGCAGGAAGUGCGCAAGCUGCUGGAGAAGGGAAAAAGUGAGCAGCAGACCGCAGAUCAGCUGUUGGCUCGGGCCGACGCUGCCAAGGCUCUGGCUGAGGAGGCGGCGAAGAAGGGCCGGUCCACCUUCAAGGAGGCCGAGGGCAUCCUGAACGACCUCAGAGACUUCGACAGGAGGGUCAACGACAACAAGACCGCGGCCGAGGAAGCAUUGAAGAAGAUCCCCGGCAUCAACGCCACCAUCAUGGCCGCCAACGAGAAGACCAGGCAGGCGGAGGCGGCGCUCGGCAACGCGGCCGCCGACGCCCGGGAGGCCAAGAACAAGGCGGAGGAGGCCGAGAAGAUCGCCAGCAACGUGCAGAAGGGCUCAGCCAAGACCAAGGAGGACGCAGAGAAGGCCUUCCAGGACACCAACAAGCUGGACAACGAGGUCGACGACAUGAUGGACCAGCUGAGCGCCGCGGAGCGGGAGCUGGCCAGGAAGAAGGCCGAGGCGGACCAGGACAUGAUGAUGGCUGGAAUGGCGUCGAGCAGCGCUAAGGAGGCGGAGGACAACGCCCGCAAGGCCAAGAGCGCCGUGAAGACGGUCCUGAGCACCAUCACCGCCCUGCUGGAUCAGCUGGGAAACAUCGACAAGGUGGACCUGAGCAAACUGAACCAGAUCGAUGAGUCCCUGAAGAGCGCCAAGGGCAAGAUGGCCAACAGCGAGCUGGACAGGAAGCUGGCGGAGCUGAACGACGUGGCGCGGACCCAGGAGGACAUGAUCAACGACUACGACCGGCAGAUCCGCGAGAUCCGCGCAGACAUCGCCAACCUCAACGACAUCAAGAACACGUUACCCGACGGCUGCUUCAACACGCCGUCCCUGGAGAGGCCUUAACCCCGCCCUCCCCCUCCCCCCCCCCCCCGCCCCCCCUCACAUCUAACACUCCGGCAAACACGCCGACUUUUACCAAAACUGUUUGUUUUUUUACUUUUUGUUUUCAGAUUCUUGUCUUUGUUUUUCUUUCACAAGAGAGACGCCGGCUUCUCGGACCACGUGUCAACGAGAGAGAAGCAGCUUUUUGUUUUUGUCUUUAGGUUGGUUGUUUUUUUUUAAAGACGCAGUAACGUGGUCACGGCAGAAUGAACUCAGCGGCGUAGAGAAGCCGCGCAGAGAGGAGGAAAAACCAGAACCACAAACCCGACGCGACUGCACCCGUCUGCUCCGCCAAGAGGAAACCACGCCGGAGGCUCCUCCUCCCUCCUGGAGGAACCUCCGCUCGCAGUGUCUAACCGGCCGUUACCCACAAUGCCUGGCGACACACCGGCUACUUCAGAGUUUAACAGCUUGUGAGCUCGCUGAAUGUCUUUUCUUUUUCAAACACAACCGUGUAUUUCAGAAACCACACAGUGAAGGAACCCUCUCGCAAGGAAAAGUAUUUCACUUUUUCUUUUCCUCAGCAGUAUUUUCGCCUCCAGCCGCUCGCUCUGCGGGCGCACACGAAGCCUCUGAAGUCCACAGAAAAUGUGUUUUAAAAUCUCACGCGUCUUGUUCCCAGAAGAUUUCGCUCUGGAGUUCAGGUUAGAGGAUGUUUACGUCACGACGACCUCUUUAUCGUGAAGUUAUCUAUCGCCGCGUUCUCGCGCACGCGAGAUUAAAAACCGUGUCUUCGCGGGGCUUCAGAGGCUCCGUCUUUGAAUCAGCUGACGUUUCUCCCGACGCUGUAACACGACAGACGUUCGGUUCCUCUCGUCCUCUCAGAAGCUGCUGCUGCUCGUCACCGAACGCACGACUAAACCUUUUCUCUUCCAGGCUUCAAUCCAACACUAUGCAACUUUGUACAUUUUGCGUAGCGAGAGUUUUUAUCUGAUACACUGGUGCUAAUAAUUAUUUCAAAUGUUAUAUUUUUUGUUGUUGUGUGUGAAUGUUUUUUAUUCUGACAUUAGAGCGAGGAAUUGUGUGUAAAUAUAUGCUUAAAUGAUUCAGGACUGGCUGUUUUUUUUCUUUUUUAAAGACAUAAAACUCCAACAAACAAACAGAAAACAGCCACGUUAAGUUCGAUCACAAUCAAUCAACUGAAACCUCCAGGUUAAAUAUAUAUAUAUAUAAAUAUAUAAAUAUCUACGGUAACGUCUGUGGUAUGUUAUUAUAAUACGCUUGCUUGUAUACAAAGCUCCGUGUUGCUGCUUCGUAGCGAUGCCAAUAUUUCAUUUGUGUUUUAUUGACCCUCUGUGGGAGUUAAUUCAACCUAACUGAAUAAUUAUGUUUAGUUUUUUGUUUUUUUGAGCUUUGACCCUUUCUGCCAAUCAGGACGUGUUUAAAAAGGGGGGGCGUGUCCGUCCUCUCUGGAGGCGGGAAGCUCGCUCACGUGUCGCUGCAGUAGUUUGAAUUAAAUUAGUGUUCUGUGCCUUUUAAUAUAAAGUUCAGCCGUAAUCAGCCCCACCUUUUUUUAUUACACAGAAUCGUCCUCGCCGCCUCACGCCGUCUCCUCGUGUCGGCGCUGAAGCGGUUUGUUUGAUUUUAAAUCAGGUCCUGUAACAGAGAGAAGUCCUGAUCCUGGUCCAGACUCAGACCAGAGACCCGGUGUUGGUCUGCCGUUCAGACGGCCGCUCUGCAGGAUGUGCAGCGCGUACAGACAUGAUGUAUAAACAGUAUUUUAAGUUAUAAUGUACCAGGUAUUUGUAUUGUAACCCUGUUGUUUUAGAUGGUGCUGUAGGCGCUGCGCAGUCUGCAGGACUCCUCUGUGGUUUUGUUUCUGUCCUCUCGUUUUCCAGCCCUGUGAGGACCUGAGUUUGUUCCCAACGGGCCUGUAAAUCCAAACUUUACAUUUGAAUAAUAAAAAAAAUUACUACAGGAAC